GAAGCUUCGGCGUCCGCGGAGGGCGCCAGCGGCGGGCCCCCUGGCGGGAGCGGGGGAGCCCGGCCAGCAGCUCCGUCGGCGGAGCAUGCCAUCCAUGGGGCGCGCAGGGCGCGUUCGGCAGGGAGCUCGCGGAAGACUGCGAAGCCGUCCCGGUUAGCGUCUAAUGUGUCCUUCGAACGACCCCGAACCAGUGGGAGCACGACGACGACGGGAGAUGUCGUCGCUGGCGACGGCCGUGCCCUGCUAGAUAGCGAAGAGGAUGAGCGGCGGCCGCUUCGAUUUCGACGAUGGCGGCACAUACUGCGGCGGCUGGGAGGACGGCAAGGCGCACGGCCACGGCGUGUGUACGGGGCCCAAGGGCCAGGGCGAGUACUGCGGCUCGUGGCACUACGGCUUCGAGGUGUCCGGCGUCUACACGUGGCCCUCGGGUAGCGGCUACGAGGGCCAGUGGCAGAACGGCAAGCGCCACGGCCUGGGCGUCGAGACCAGGGGCCGCUGGCGCUACCGCGGCGAGUGGACGCAGGGCUUCAAGGGUCGCUACGGCGUGCGCCAGUCGCUCAGCUCGGGCGCCAAGUACGAGGGCACCUGGGCCAACGGCCUGCAGGACGGCUACGGCUCCGAGACGUACGCCGACGGAGGCACAUACCAGGGUCAGUGGUUGCGUGGCACACGGCACGGCUAUGGUGUUCGGUCGAGCGCCCCCUUUGGACUGGCGGCGCACAACCGCAACCCCGGCCCCGGAGGCAAGACCGAGGUGCGUACCUCGCAGACGUCGCUGGACAGUAGCAGCCACCCCGUGGACCCAGCCUCCGAAAGGGACCGCAAGAUCGACGACUGCCGCGGGGGUUUCGUGCUCAAGGCACGAAGUGACGAGCCCCCACAGCGCAGGCGCUCCCUCGUCGAGAAAUCAUCCAACUUCAAAAAGUCCAUUCUCCAGGGCCUCCGUAUCAAGAAGCAGCACAGCACAGGCGACAUCGAUAAGCGGGGCGUGAGCUCGGGCUCGUCGCUGCGUUCGUCGGGCUCCAACAUGAGCUCGGCCAGCUCUGAGUCUGCCCAGUCCGGGCUCACCGAAGCGCACACCGAUUCAAAUGCCUCCUUUGUGUCUCAGGAGGACACAACAGACCAAAAUGUGAUGGAGACUUACAUGGGAGAAUGGAAGAAUGACCGGCGCUCUGGCUACGGCAUCGCGGAGCGGUCAGAUGGGCUCAAGUAUGAGGGCGAGUGGUACAACAACAAGAAGUACGGCUACGGCGUCACCAGUUUCAAGGACGGUACACGUGAGGAGGGCAAGUACAAGAACAAUGUGCUCGUCACCUCGGGCAAGAAGAAGCACCUGUUCUUGCUGCGCUCCGCCAAGUUCCGUGAGAGGGUGGAGGCUGCAGUGGCAGCUGCCGUGCGGGCCUCGCAGAUCGCGCUCCAGAAGGCCGACAUCGCCAUUUCCAGGACAGCAACUGCGAGAGGCAAGGCUGAGCAGGCAGAUGUGGCAGCCUUGCACGCCAAAGAUGAUGCCGAGGUAGCACGGGGCGUUUCCAAGCAGUUUGCACCCGAGCUCUACACUCCAGUGGACCUGCUCAAGAAGCUAGCGGAAGUACCGGACCUCGCCAAGCUACGCGUGAGCACGGGAGGCGCGACGCCUCAGCGGAGGCGGUCCCUGUUCCAGCCGACGAGAACUCAAGAGCUCACGGCGCCGCAGCUCGACGCUGCCCAGCAGCAGCUACUCAACGCCCUCACCAAAGCCCAGCACAAUCCUCCUGGCUCGCGCCAGGGAACCCCGCCCGUGACACAAGCGAACGCCAAGCCACCCGGGCCAUUUCAUCCACCGCAGUUCGGCCAGUCGGCGCCGCAGCACCAGCAGCCUCAGCACCAGCAGCCGCAACACCAGCAGCCACAGCCCCAGCAACGCGCGCAGGCCGAGGAAGAGGCGAUGCCGCAGGUGCCCGGCGCCCCGGAGCCCCCACCGCGGACGCCGCACGGCUCACUCCAUGGGCGGCCCCAGCAGAGGGAGGGCUACUCGUUCCAGCAGGCCAUGAACGACCACUUCGAGCAGUACCGGCGCGAACGGCCCAGCUCCCGUCCUCCGUCCAGGCCGCCGUCGCGGACGCCUCCUCACAAGACUGAGCAGCAGCUGCCGCCGCUCACGUCUAUCUACGGCGGCGGGGCCGACUGCACGCCAGACUCCGGGGUGUCGGAGUCCAUGGACGGGGACUCGUCGCCCACACGGGUGCCGCAGGCGGGGCGUCGCUCCACGCUGCCCAACGUACUGCCCGACGAGGGCAGCGUUCAGCGGACGGCCAGCCUGUACGUGGCGGCGCCACGGCGUCGGGACCGGCUGGCCGCCCCGGCGCAGGACACCCUGACGCGCAAGAAGAGCCUGCCCAACAUCGCCGACGCCGCCGCCGCCACGCCCGCCUUCAUGUCCCGCGAGGAGGUGUCCGUGCUCAGCUCGCAGCGGAGGGACGAGCUCCGUAGGAUGCAGGAGCAGGCCAUCCGUUUGCGCACCAACCCGCUGCUCUACCUCUUCAAUUCCGACGUCAAGGAUUGGUUCUCGAGGCAGCAGUUGGUGAUGCUGGUGUUGUUCAUCAACAUCAGCCUGGCGAUUAUGUUCUUCAAGCUUCUCACGUAGCCGUCCCUCGAAGCCACCAGGGCACCGAACCAAGAGGCCCCCGGGCCAGCAGUGAUCAGCCACAGACGCGGUUCGUCCGCCACUUCAUCAGAGCAAAGCGUGUGCCAUACGGCGGCCAUUCCGGGCGACUGCCGUCUGGGCUGCGGACGUUCUCCUUGCCAGUCCCCUUGUCCGGGACAUCGUUGGACCACUCCGAUGCAUGGGCGUCGCCUUGUCCCUGAGGCGGGAAUCUGCUAGGGCUCUGUUGUACGGAGUGGUUGACGACGGCGACGAUUGUCCGUGUCGCUAGCUGGUUGAUGAUACACGCAGACACACAAUCACACACGCCGACACACACUCGCUCUCUGUCUAUCGCGGUUCAACCGCCUGUCCCCCACGCUCUCUUCCUUCGAAAAGUGGACCUCGCGUGUCAGUGGAUCGACGGAGGGGACUUGCCACGAGGAUGUCUUUAGGUGGUGCAUGUCUUGUAUUUGUUGUCCUAAAAUUUCAUGAGCUAGCCUUUUUGAGGUACAAGUUUGAAACGAAAAAGUGAUUUGCUUCGUGAUUUGUGAUUAGGAAGCUCAGCAACGCGUGAUAGCACCGUGACUAAUAUUAGUACCACCGGACUAACGAGAUGAUAGAGAUAUUGCAUCGCCUUAUUUCCGCAAGCUGAACUUCCUUCCUGAGCGUAGAAGAACUAGAUCUGUCUUACCCAGAAUUCCUGGUCACGUUCCUAUGCCCCCUUCAUGAACGAGUUUUGCCUUUUCGUUUCAAAUGUUGUAUUUCUAAAAGUUACUCACGAAAUUUUACUGUGAUAAAUGCGCCAUGUAAAGAGACCCUUCUCGGCUGGCUCGACUUCGCUCCGUCAAGGCGGUAAUAUUAUACGAUCUAUUUUGUGAAAAAAUAUCUCUUGUGGAUGCACGCGGUAGCUUGUUCUCACUUUUAGGCGCCUCUGCUUUCUGCUCAAUUUUUCGAGGACUUUCAACCAGUGCAUCCAGUAGGCAAAACUGGGACGCUCACGUCGUAUCAGAAGUUUGAAUUCUUUGGGGGUACGCUUGAACUAUUUGAGCUGAUUUCUUCUGAUCAUGAUUAUCUUGCGCUCAUCAUCAGGCAAUUAGAGUCGUUACCGAGCCAGCGCUUCAAUCGGGACUCAAAGGUUAAACAAAAUGUGGUGAAGUUUAUUAUAUGUUAUUUUUCCGUAUCUAUUCUUGGCAACGACCUAUCGGAGUUGCGCGGGAAGUAAAUGCUGCUGCGCCCACUCUAUGUUCACUUGCAAAAAAAAAAAAAAAAAUAGUAAAACGAAAAUAUAUACUUUGCCAGAAUAAAUAAACGUUUCUUUAUCCGAGCAUGUCCCUCGCACAACGCUUCCGGACCGGACUAUGCGAUGCGGAUGUUCUAUAGGAUUGAACUUUUUCCACGUAUUUUCACGCAGCUCUCUCUCUCUCUCUCUCUCUCUCCGUGCACCUUUUAUCGACCCUGAACGUCGACAGUGCAUCGGAUUUACUCACAGGACUUCCGGCGACCACGUGUCCCACACACGGUGGUUAGUGUAGAAAUGACGCAGGACAGUGCUCUAUCUUCUACAAACGAGCGAAACGAGGAACGUGCCCGUUUUGUUUUUGUGCGUCUGCGAUUCGACGCAGGCUGUUGACGUACUCAGCUUCCGCACGCGAACCUGUAUUCCAUCAUCAUUCGUCAAGGCUAACACCCUCCCUAUUUUCCUGCUGUGAAUCGUAUACACCCACUUUCCCUACAGGUGCGCUCUUCCGAAAGAGCCAGAGAAUGAGAAAAGCUUUUGCCGCGCGAAAAUUUUUGUUGUUGUUGUUGUUGACUAAUGUACUUCUAACGAUCAUGUCGUAAUGGGAGACAAGCGGGACACACACCCUACGUAAGAGUCCACGAGCACACGCGAGGUGGUGAUGUGACCCGAGUGAUAAGCAUUUUCAGCGCGACCGUGUUGACGCGACUGCGAGAGAAAGGUGAUUUUCACGGGGAUGUAUGGUUCUUCUAUAGUCGUUUCUCCUCCGUCGCUCGCUUAGCAUUUGUAUAGCUCACAGAACACACUGUCACGAACGCUGUAACAUUAUCGCAGCUGAUCACCCGACACACUGUGAGAUGAAAUUCCGUGAUAGCUCUAGCACGUUAUGGUAGGGAGCACAGGUGCUGGAAAAUGAGAAGAGUUCCAUCAACCAAAAAAUAAAGGAAGUCACUCGUUUAAUAUCCCUAUGAUAAUUCGCAGGAAUGUGCUCUUAACGAGGUACGUUAACCAGGUGCCCUCGGAUGCGUUUCUACGCUCGGUUUCACGGUAAGUGCGAUCGAAGCUGGAGCUACAAACGCGAGCAUAGUGAUUUGAAGAACGCUUGACGCCACGGACGUAUUUCUACACCUGCAGCACGCUGGGGCUGGCUCUUGUUGCUUCAACUUCGCUCGCACUUAAGACUGGUUCUGUCUUUUGCGAUGACUGCGUUCACCUGAACGGAAAUGACAUCAGCGACAGAGUGAUCUGGAUAAGCAUGGCAUUGGAUGUCGCGUGGCAAAGAACUCAAUAUUUGAAGGACGAACACCACGUGUUGAAUAGAAAGUGGGCACGCUUGUACGCAUUUUUGUGCUUUUAAACACGUGGCUUUCCUCAUUACAUUGGUCGCGCUGUGUUCGGCAAACAGUUGUUCCGGUGACUCUUCGUCACCGCAAGCGACGCAAGUGUCUGAACCGAGUUUGACGGCGAAGCGGAGUGUACAAGCAUCUUUGCUUCUCCGGUCACUUGUACAAUGUUGUGCUCUUUUGUUUGUUUAUGUCUACUGGAUGCGAGAGCAAACACUCGCGCUAAACUAAAUCUCCGCAAUUUUUGACGUUUUUGGUAUUCGGAAAGUUGCUGUGUAAAACGCUGAUUGAAAAGGACGUACAGCUUUGGGAAAGAAGUCCGCAGAGGCUCGCGUAUGGUAAUUGAUGACGAAUUUUCCUCGGGCAGACUCUACCCUAAAGCCUGCAGCUCACGAAAAAAACAACAACAUAUAUAUGUAUAAAUAAGCCCCAACUGGACAUAAAUAUACCGUUAGUCCUAAAUGGCCUCCCUCGCGCCUGCAUGACGCGGAGGACUACGUUGCUCGUCAGACAUGACGCCUUCGUGUGGCGACAUAUCCGCCGUGUCUGGCAGACGUCUCCAAGGAGGAGCCACUUUCUUACCUCGCGCUACGAAAAACUCUCAGUGUUCGGUUUCUUUCCUAGUUUUAUCUGUGGUCUCCGACAAGCCAACCGCUCGAGUUUGCUGGCGCUGCGGUGCUCCUAUUGCCAAGAGAACAUGGUUGUGUUGACGCGGGACGAGCGGGCGCGUUUUUGCUGUUAUUCCGUCGCGGUUGUUCGGCUGCGUAAUAUAACUUGUUGGGGAAAUCAAGCUGCUUGGAAACGCUGCAGUUCCCAGUAGCGAGGAUGUGCAAAGCGGCUCUCGUUAACAGCGUUUACGCAGCACCAAUAGUGCCUCGAGUUGUAGUAGCGACGCUGUAGCCUUUGCCUGAUUUCUGAGUCUACUCGAAUUUUGAUUCGGCGUUUUCCCGCUUUCCCACUCUCUCUCUUUCCUAUUUCUCUUGAAAGCACAUGGCUCAGUGAUGUAAGUCCCUCCAAGUCAAAACAGUUCUCAAAUUUCCGGUUUAUGCUGCUUCUACUUGACCAGUGCCGUUUCUGUUGCGUUUGUGCGCCUCCCCUUGCCCCUACGUCCACCUCUGUGUCCCCUGAGUCGGUGGGAUGCUUGGGUAUGUCGAGUGAUUUUUACCCCUGACGCGUGUGCGUGUCUGCUACACAGAUGACACCGUUUGUAUUUUUCACCAGUGUACGUGCAUAUUCAGUUGUGGCUUUCCCGUGCUCAGUUUGCGUGUGCGUCUGUGCGUGGCAAAUCAUUGUUUCGGGCAUCUGUCUGAAUCCGUGAUACGGAAUGUCUCCAGUGUGCCUCACCAGUCAUGAACGAACAGUUUCUUUUGAGCGGAAUUUGCACCUGCCUGGUUUGCUUCCCACUCUUUUGGUGUGCACUCUGUUGGCGUGCUGAGGCUCCGACCGCUGUUUCACCGGACAAAUACAAUGUCCACGUCCUUCUUGUUGGGCAUUGUGCACCGUCAUGAGAUGCUCUCUGCGAAAAACUCCUAGUCCCGUUUACAUUAAACCGUCCUAUUCACUCGGAGGAGCACGCAAGAUCUUACCUUAAUUUCUAGUCAACCAGCUAUUUUUUGUUUGUUGUUGUUCUUGCAUUCAUUACAGUUUUCAAGGAGGCAAAUAAACAUGUGUUGAGAUUUAUUAUAUUUACGGCUGCCGUUGAACGACGUGCCAGAAAUAAGUGAAGUUCCUAUUGAUCUGUCUUUUUUAUUAUUAUUAUUUUACGCGUACUUUACUGUUCAUUGGUUAUCACGAGAACACUUUUGAAAUGAAUAACAGAAAGUGACACGAUUCGCAACAACUGAAGCGCAUUCGCUAGCCAUCAGAAUUUUAGUCUGGACAUUACAGCCAAUCUUUUAUUUAAGAAACCUAAUACAGCUUGAGUUUCGUUUUCGCUAUAUUUCGUUUCAGCAAGACCCUGCAAACGCGACGCCAUUGCCGACGCUAUUGCCUCUCUCGGCCAAUAGCGUCGAAGCGAGGUGAGUGAUAGCACUUCGCUGGAGUGGUGUCUGUCACCGCUUUGUCAAAUGUCUCACUGGGAUAUCCUUCUUAGUUCGCUGGAGCCGUAGCUACUGCCGUUUUCGAAAUUGUGCUAAAGCGAGGUAUAGGAUAAGAUCGAAACGUGCAGAUGCGUAGCGUUCCGGUCUUUCCGGCUGUUAACAAUUUGACGACAAAAGCAAACUCUAGGCGCGUAUUUGAAUCACCGUAACAGAGAGUAUUCUGCUUUGUUCACGAGUUUAAGGUUGCCAACGGCUUCUAAUCAAAUGUCCAAAUACUUGCCGCGUUGCACCGGAAGUCACUUUAGGGCAAGGACUUAGAAUACUGGGGUCGCGCGCAGCUUUCUGGAGAUCCCUAUUCUAGCAUUUCAACCCGUCGUCACUUCAUGUAUCUCUGUUUAUAUUUUAGCCCUCCUUAACUGACGAAGAUUUUGCAACUACGAUCCAGCAUCCCUCUGGCGUUCAUUCACUGACCACGAUAGAGAACUCGGAUGUCGUAGUAGCGUGCCGAACUUAGCUCCAGUCAUUUAUGUCCGGAUGCCAUAUCCUCCGAGUUUAGAAUCGGCCUAAACUCCCGUCCGUCCAUUCACCAGUCAAAGGCACGUGUUUGGCCAUAGCAUUUAAGCAUUCGUGGGAGAACCGCCAGGAAACGCCCCAAAUCUCUCACGUCAGUCCCCGGGACGCUCAUCAGUCGGUCUUCAUGGGCGCACGCACGGUACGUUGAGGUCUGUACCACCGCGCCGGUCCUAUUGCGACAUCACGUUCACGUGAACGCGGGUACUGCCCGCUCGGAAAUGCCAAAUAGGCGAACACUGUUGGUUAUGUGACGAGUCGCAUUGAGGUGCCAGUCAUUUUGGGUCGUGUCAGCUACAAAAAGAAAGAAAAAAACUCCGCUUCACAGUUGUGUUCCAAUGUAGUGUUCUUCCGCUAUGGUUUUCUCUCGUUCUUUAUACUUACACCGGCGCCUGCACGCUUCUUGCGGUAGUGCCCCAUUGAAUGUCUCCUUUUCACAUUGCCCACUGUUCUUUACUUCUGUGCACGCUUUUUGUCUCUGAUGCACAACCUUUGCUACAGCGAGUACGACAUCUUUUUUCUCUCUGCUGACAGGAAACGAAAAGGGACCUGAAAGCGGAAACAAUGCAUCAUAUGUUACCUUUAAAGCUAACGUGGUAACCUCUAUGUCUGGGCUUUAUGGAAGUGACCCACAAUGAAAGUUGAAUGUUGACCCCGUCCCCUGCCGAUGAUGUCCUUGCGUAAAAUCAGAUUUUUUUUUUUUCUCUUUUUUUUUCGAGACAUGGGAAAGGCACAAGUUACCAAUAAGUACAUUGCUUCAGAUAGCGCCGUCGUGAGAUCCGUCUUAGGACGGUUAACGCGUGCCGGUUCGUCCGCGCUUUAGCCCUUUUGUCUUUUUCCUGCCAUUCUUCCUCGCUGAAGUUUUUUGUAAUGACUUACUCGAGCACUCCUGUUCCUUGUCUUGGAGAUAGAGCGAUGUGACGUCGACACACUCAAAUAAAUUCUUUUCUAGUGA